AUGGUUAGUGUGUGUUUCACUCGCGGAGUGAGGCUCACAAUUGGAGCAGAGGUGGGUUUCACACGUGGAGCUGGAGUGGACUUCACACGUGGAGAGGGGUUGGUUUUACACAUGGAGCAGGACUGGGCGUCACACGUAGAGUGGGGAUGGGGCUCACACGCGGAGCUGAAAUGGGCUUUACAAGUGCCCUGGGGUGGGGUUUACACAUGGAGCUGGAAUGGGGUUCACAAGUGGAGUGUCAAAAUGAAUUUGGUACUUGCCAACAUUUUUCUCUGCAUGUCUUUCUACACAUUUGUCAAUGGAACUACCACUGGACCCACUGAAGCAUAUAUUCGGGCUUGCCAAAAAGGGGACAAAGGUGAAGUCGGUCAUCCUGGCAUACAAGGUGUUAGGGUGAAUCUUCUCUAUUUUAUUUGUGUUAAUUAUCUCCUGCAGGGCCACAAAGGUGACCCAGGUCUACCUGGAACAACAGGAGUAAAGGGAGACAAAGGUGAACGUGGCCCUACAGGUCCAGAAGGUGCAACAGGACCUAGAGGAGCCCCUGGAGUAGUAGGCCCUCGAGGUCUGCAAGGAAGAGUUGGAGAGCAAGGUCCACCUGGCACAACAGGAUUCGCAGGUUCAGUAGGACCUCGUGGCUCGCCGGGUAAAACUGGAAGCAAAGGAAUAAAGGGGGGAACAGGACCGAGAGGAUUUCGCGGUUCUCCUGGCCUCGACGGAACUCACGGCCCUCCUGGACACCAAGGAAGAGAAGGAGUCAGAGGACCACAAGGGCCAAACGGUGAUAGAGGAAUAGCAGGUCACAAAGGUGAACAAGGUCGACAAGGAGUACCUGGAGCUAUUGUAGACGAAACAUCUCUUGAAGCAUAUCUGUCGAAAGCGAUUGAUGCGCGUUUUACAAAACUAACUCAAUCGUUUUAUAAUCGUCCUGCAGCUCAUUUGUAUGGAUCUGGCUUCAGUGGUAGUCGACUUACCUGGACGACAGGCAGUUAUGGUGGAUUUGUAGACAACGGAAUGAAAUACGAUAACGGAUACUUAAUCGUUCCCCAAAGAGGAUUGUAUUACAUCUAUGCUCAAGUCGUGUGCGACCCUAUUUCUGCAAGCCAUUAUUGGUGCGGAUUCUCUUUCGGAAUAAAUGAUUCUGUGAUUUCUGAGCAGCACAUCCAACAACAUUCCAGUUCACAAGACGUUCUCUCCUAUAACAUGUCUGAAGCUGGUUUGCUGAGAAAGCUAAACAAAGGCGAUCGCAUUUCAGUCAGCAAACGUUCGUCAAAUCAAAGGUUCAGUCAAAGUUACCAAUCCUAUUUUGGCUGUUAUGCCAUAUCAACGUUCGACUCUUAACACACUCAUAA